GGCCCUCGUGCCAGCGGAUCAGAUUGCAAUUUGCAGAGAAAUCUUGCUCAUUCGCGCAGGAGCCGGCAUGGCCGCUACUUCAGGAGUCCACCUGUGAACCGCGCAUGCUUCUGGCAUUGACUGUUCCCUUUGACAACAUGACUCCCUGCUACGGACACAGAUAGAUGAGAGUCUGGGAGAAUGCAUUUGACACCGCCGAGCUGCAUGUGAAUUGGUGAAAGCGAAGACUCUGAAGUUUGGAGGAAGGAAAGCACUUGUGAUGGCUGAAAACGUUAAAGCUGACGAUGUCGAGGAGACCAGUUUGCGUGGGGAUGAGUUCCUGGCAGAUCCGGAUGAAGGCAAGGGGUCCGACACUGAGACGACGCACACAGACCUGCAGGAAGAGAUAGAAGAGCAGGAUGAUGGUGUCAAGUCUGCUUUCAGCAGAAAGCGACCGCCAGAGGAGUAUCCCACUGAGGGCAAGAAGGCUAAAGUGGAAGUUGAGGAAAAGGUCACGGAGGACGUUUGCUUUGUAUGCCAUGAUGGAGGGGCGCUGGUGGCUUGUGACAAGCGCGAUUGCCCCAAGGUGUACCAUACAGAAUGCAUCGGUGUGGACGUUGUCGAGGAGAACAAGACCUGGUACUGUGGACGGCACUACUGCGAGGAGUGCAACAAGCCAGCGGCGUACCAUUGCGUCACCUGCUACAGGGCCUACUGUCCCGCCCACUUCCGGACUGCCGACUUCACUGUGCUCAAGAAGAAGCUGGGGCUCUGCUUCAUGUGCCUGCCACAAGUCAGGCUGAUCGAGGGAGGAGAUGUCAGCGAAACUGGGGACUCGGAGAUCGAAGUGAAAGAGAUCCUCUUCCGGGACUACUGGCUCAACCAGCGGUCCAAGCUGGGCCUUUCGCUGCCCAAGACAGAGGGGGCCCGACAGCUGCGCUCGUCCGCUCAAGCACCGGCCGCGGCCGAGGGCGAGCAAGCCGAGGGGGACGAGGAAGGGUCCGCAGCCACCGACGAUCUAGGCGCGGACGACGACGCUACUGCCGCGGCGCCCGCCCCUGCCGAGCGGCGCAAGUUCGACAGCUGGGCGUCCCCCGAGCUGCUCGCGUUCCUCGGCGGACGUGGGCAUGACGUCAGCAAGGCCCUGCCGCGGGAUGACGUGGAGAAGGCGGUGUGGGACCACGUCAGAGAGAAGGGUUUGCAGGCGCCGGACAAGCCGGCCGAGAUCCGCUGCGACGAGGCACUCGAGAAGCUGCUCCGGCGGAAAACGGUCGGGCGGCUCGCGAUGCUCAGGAUUCUCCAGGAGCAGUUCAGCGGCUCCCUCACGCAGCGGGGCGUGUCGGGGCGGCGGCUCCAGAAGGGCCCGUCCGCUGGCAAGGGCAGGAAGGUCACGAAACGACUGACGCGCACCGACUCCAAGAAGAAGAAAUCAGCGGCAGCCACAAGCAAAGACGCCGAAGACGGCGCCACGAAGGAGCAAUACGCGGCCAUCAGCCGCAAGAACAUUGAGCUCUUAUACAUCCGCCGCAGCCUGCUCGAGUCGCUCGUGGAGUCCCCUGACUUCGAGCGCGUUGUGCUGGGGGCUUUCGUGCGCAUCAAGACCAUCGCGAUCGACAACCCCACCAAAGCGGCGUACCGUCUCGUGCCAGUGAUUGGUUUUGCGGAGGGCACGGAGUACACGUUUGGGCGCAAGCCGACGAAGCGGCUGCUGAAAGUGCAGAACUUGAGCAAGGUGGAGGACACGCUUAUGGACACGCUCUCCAGCCAGGACUUCGACGAGGACGAGAUGGCGCGCCUGUGGAGGGCCACGAAGGUGGCGGAGGUGUUUCAGCCAAUGACGGUGGGCCACGUGGAGGCGAAGGCCCGGGAGAUCCUGCCCUUCCGGGUGGAUGAGGCAAUGGAGGCGGAGAAGCAGAAGCUGAUCAACCUGCGCGACCGUGCGAGCGAGCUGGGCGAGAUGAAGGAGCUGAAGCGCAUCGUGGAGCAGCUCAAGGAAGUAGAGCGGCCAGAAACGCGUGCCGGCCGCCUGAGCGCGCCGCUCGGCAUCGAGGCCGAUCCCAAGAUGGACCCUGCCGUGCCGUACGAUCCGGAGGCGGAGGAGCGGGAGAAGAAGGAGAAAGAGGCCCAGCAGCGCGCCGCCGAGCAAAAGAAGGCGACCGCGGCCCCGGUCAAGAGCCCCCGCAAUCGCCGUGACGACCGCACCAGCCGGUGGGGUCCCGCUGGCCGGGGUUCCGACCCCCCGGGAAAAGAUGACCGGAGAAAGGGAGCAGAUUCUGGCCUCGACAAGCGGCGGCCGAUCGAGCGGGCGCCGGAGCGAUCCCGGGAACGCAGUCGGGAGAGGGAACGGGAGCGGGGACGGCGGUCUCCGUACCAAGGAGGGCGGGGAGGCCCAAGAGACCGGGACAUAGUGUCCCCCCGGGACGAUGAUCGGCGGAAAGAGUCGGGGCCGGACAGGCGGGGCGGGGGGGAGCGGUUCAACGAGAGGCCGCCACGUGCCAGUAGGUUCGACGAGCCUCCGCCAAGAGGGGGGGACUCUUCACGCCCGGGAAUCUCGCCUCGGUUUGGGGGGGACAGGCCUCGUGACCGGGAGAGGGGCCCGUCGAACGACCGCCCAGGGAACGGGUUCGAACGGAAGGAGAGAACGCCGCCGUUUGGACCCGGGUUUUUGGGACCUCCCGGAAACGGGGGCCGGGGUUCAGGAUUCAUGGCGCCUUCUGGAGGGGGGGGGCGGGGCGGGCCGCCCCCGAGGGAGGGUCCCGGAAGGAGCGUUGUGAGAGACGCUCGCGACCUGCCGUUGCUUCAGACGCCGCCGACUUUCGCAGCGCCCGUCCGACCCCCCAUGGAUCUAGGGGCGUUGCAUGUGCGCGACCCAAGCAAGAACCGGCAGCCUUUUGCAGGGCCGUUUGACAAUAGGCCGUCGGGCAACCGGCCCGAGUACGGUAAGUAUGACGCGCCACGCGCUUUGGACCCGCCGCGCACUUUCGAGCCCCAGCGCAGCUUCGAGCCGCCGCCGGCAGUGACUCAGCAGCAGCAGGGCGCCCCGCCUACUCGAACGCCCCCGCUGCACACGGACACAGCUGGAUAUCGAGGCUUUGGAGACCGCUCGGGGGUACGUCCGCCGUUCCGGUCCGGUCAACCGCCCCCGAUCGCGCCCCUCCCAAUCCCCGCAGCGCUCCCGCCGGCGGCUCCCGCCCCGGCGGCCGUUCCCGUUCCGCCGUACGUACCUCCGCCGGAUCCUAAGUGGCACUACAGAGAUCCGCAGGGCGUCCAGCAGGGCCCGUUCACACUCGCGCAGUUGAAAAAGUGGCAGGCGACUGGCGCAUUCCCGUCGGAGCUCAAAGUCUGGAUGGAAAACCGGCCCGAGUCCAGUGCCGUUUUGUUGACCUCGAUUUUGGCGACCGAAGCAGGGCGACCAAGCCAGCCUGCGCCAUCUCAAGCUCCGGCCGCUCAGGUCGGCGGAACGUUCCAGAGCCGAACGCCGGCUGAGCCGGCAAGAACCGCAACGCCGCCCGUGUCCCACGAGAGGCCUGAAGCGACGCGCUUUGGAGGCACGUCACGCUGGGAGCCUGCUCCGGGUGGGCCAAGAAAUAAUCCUCAGCCUAGUUAUGGUGCUUCGGCUCGGCCAAACGAGACUGCUUCAGGCGUGCAAGGCUACCAAGGAGAAGUGCGUGGACCGAGCGAAAGCACUUUCGUUAGUAGAGACUAUGCGCCCCGUCCAUCGGAAGGUGACCGCGUGCAAAGCAGCUUUGGUCGGGCGAAUGGCGGGCGCGGCCCGCCCGCGAACUUUGCAAGGGCGCAGGACGAGGGCGACAGGUGGAAGGGCAACCCGCUGCCACGUGGCGACGUGACUCGCGGUCAGUUCGACGCAGCGCCGAGGAGAAACUUAGAGACUGGUCCUGGUGGAAAUGUCGCACCGCAGUAUAGGGGGCAGCCCCCAGCUGGAGGGUCUUCCCGUGAUGGUUAUGAAGAGCGCGCAGAGAGACCGUAUGGGGCCCAGGGCCCACCCGGCAGUAUGCACCGGCCAAAGCAAAACAGGGCGUGCAUGUACUUUGCGAAAGGGUAUUGCGUGAAAGGCGACACGUGCGAUUUCUUGCACCAAAGAUGAAUCAAUUGCUUUAGGAAUCCGUUUUUGAGAAAGACACGAAUGUUGUUGAGGACCUUGGACUAGCCCAAAAUUGCAUUCCACAUCAGGGCAGCCUUCACGAGCUAGAUGUAGGGAACUGCACUUUAGUUACAUGUCAUAUGUAGCCUACAAGCUCGCCUUGAACUUGAGAAUUGGUCCGAACUCCUAGCUCUAGCUGGUUGAAAACCACAUUUGUUCAAAGCAUCUGAUAACGCAGAACAAGGACUGCACCAUGAGCACCUACGAUCAGGUUUAAAAUUUCUUUGUGCAAGAUUUACCCAUCAUUUUGGUAUUGGAAAAAAGGCCUGAUGGACUCGAGGAGAU